UCUAAAUAAACAAAUUUUAAUUAUAAAUUGUUUAGAAAUUUGAAUAUAUAAAGAUUUCGCUUCAAAAAUUAUGUUAGAUUAAUAGUGUACCAGAAAGAAUAGCCGAAAGACUUUCAAAUCCAACAGUUUUUAUGAUGUUGUCAAGACGUUGCAAUUCAACUUUUUUUUUUGAUUGCCACUCAUCUUCGUUAUUACAGUUGAUUACAAAAGAUUUCACCACACUAACGAUUCACACUGAUGUGUUGACACUAUGAAGUGAGCUGUACUAUUGCCGUUUACAAGACAAUGGCGACUAUGAAGGGGCAAUCUUUCGGUGUUCCAUGGCCAAAGAACACCGAAACUGCAGCCAUUUUCUGAAACGCUUUGUUUCCUACAGUCGUUAGUCGUCUUACGCCUAACUUAGUUGUGUUUUGUGCUACACUUCUUUUUACACUUUUACAAUAUCUCGAAAUGGAAAGCUAUUCAAGUGAAGCCUGGACACAGCCAGCCAUUGAAAGUGAAAUUUUAAAGAGGAUUCGUCAAAUAUGUGACGAAAUUCGCGUCCUUCAGGAGCGAAAAUUGAAUCUUUCCUGCACCGCUUUACAGCCCGUUGGCAUUCUAGCACAAUGGCUGUUUAAGAAGUACAACAUUAGUGGAAACAAUCUUAUGGGAGAUACAAUUUCAAGUGUUUGGCAGGGGAUUUCUGAGGAAGCUAGGCUUCAACUCUACUGUAAAAGUCUUAGACAGACUGAAAAAGUUAAGCAACAGGCAAGUCAAAUUGAAAUUGAUGCUGAAAAACUUCGCGUGGAAUCGAAGUGUUUAACUGAAAAACUACCUCCACGUGAAAAAGACAAAAGCGUGUGUCAGUAUUUCCAAGGGGACAUCAUAGAAGGACAGAAAAUGGAAUACUUUUGUAUGGAAGCUGGAUGUGGGAAAAGUUUCAAAACUCGGGGUUCUUUUUACAAACAUAGGAGCAGGAACCAUCCUUGGAUGAUGAUGCCAUCAGUGUCUGUCGCUGCCAUAACCAUCGCUUCACCCGUUGUGUUACCUGCAGUUGUGUCAUCAGUGUCAGUUCCCCUCCCUGUUUUCCCCAGUGAACCUGUGAUACCCUUGAAAUGUGGUAGUGUUUCUUUACCUACUGGAAAACCACGUAUUGGACUUUACAAACGGCCAGUUCCGAAGGAUAUUGUUGAUUCAGUGCCCGCAAAAGUUUUUAAAAUACCAUUGAUGCAACCAAAGGGGACUAGUUUCAAUGGUUUUCCUAGCGAUGCUCAUUAUCGAGCCAACGAGGCGUAUCGCACAAAAACUGGUAGAGAUAGGCCAAACGGGCGAAAUGUAACUUUGGUGUGUGACUGCCCCGAUAUGCGUCCAGCAGUCCUUAAUGUCGUCACUCACGAAGCCAAUCACAUUUUGAAUCGAGGUGCCGACUAUUUCUGGUGCAGCCGCAAGGCAAUUAAAAAAAUUGGCCAAAGCGUAAAUGAUUUAAGUUCCAAGCAAAACUUGUUGCUACAUCGCAAACAGUUUCUUCCACCAAAUGAUUUGCAUCCACAAUGUUUACCUAUCGAGUUGUACGAAGGAGAUCCAAAUUUCAUUGCAAGUGGUGACACUUGUAUGAGCUUUACUCGUUCAAAAGUGGACGUAGAUUUGAGCUGCACCUUUGGCCAAGCCGAACAGUUGAAUAGCAAUACUCACUAUCUUGACGGGUCUCAAAUUUAUGGAAGCGAUGCCACCAUAUUAAACGAUCUACGCACGGGAAUCGACGGAUUGUUAAAGUCUUCGGAUGUCGGUGGCAGCCAAUUGUUUCCUAUUAUUCCCGGCUGUGAAAAUUUACAAAUGGAAUCUCGUGAAACCUGAAAACGUUUUACUGCUGGGCAACGCAGAAAGUCAGCUCGAUACUUUGAUUCCGGAACACAGCUGGAAUAACACUUUUCCAUGAAACAUGUAUGUAUGUAAUUCAUUUAUAUGUAGUCUGGUUAAACACUGCCAUCACUUCCUUAUUAUGUCGAUUUCUAAAUUUGGAAAUGAAAAUCUGAGUGCGUAGCAGUUAAUCUGUUUUGCUAUUGAUUGAUAUAAAUGAUUGAUUACGGCGUCCACAUAGAUCCUGUGUGCGUGUAGAUUUUAUGUAUACAUGAAAACGGAUAUUCAUAUGUGUGUUG